AUGAAGGCUAAAUCUGAGGACUCUGACUGGCAGGCACCAUCAGGUAUCGACGCACUAGCUUACGAUCAGAAUACCACCAAUGUCUCGGAUACCGACGAUGUGAAGGAGUCCGCGCGCAUCAAAAUCGGCCACGGCGGCAGUACCAGCAGCAGUAAGGCGAGGAGGACAGAGAAAGUGGCGGCGACACAUACCUAUGAACGCUCGCAAUCGCUGCCUCGACACCGACCGAAUCGAUGGAAAGGCUCAGACGAGAAAUGGCGACGCUUAACACGGCCAGAGCGAGACCUGGUUGAUCAACUGGACGAGCUCGAGAAUCAGGACUGGGCCAAAGGCUUAUACAGAGCGUAUAUUAUCAAGGAUAGGAGGCGAAGGCAGCUGGAAAAUGAUCAAGAGCUGAGGAGGCGCAAUACACAGGCGGAUUGGACAGCAUGGCCGUUGUACCCAGAAGACAUCACCCCGGCCGAUGAUCGCAUAGAGUACAAGCUUCGAAAACAAAGAGACUCGAGUGCAUCGCCCCGGCGAUCACAAACACGGCCUGUGAAGGUUGCAUAUAUUGAUCCGCAUGGGCAACAAUACAAUGCUGCUCCAGAAGGCAGCUCCUCGGAUAGCUCCUCUGACGACGGUAGCCAUUCCGAUCCUCCCAGCAUAGCCGACUUAACAGAGGCUGUUCCAUCUUACAAUCCUCACGUCUUCAAAGCGAAGCCUGAUCUACGACCUAGUUCUUCAUUGGAAGAGAUUGUUAUUGCGCAAAUGAUGAAAACCGGCAAAGAACGGUUUCGAGAACGUGCAUCUCAGCCAGAUUUUCAAUCAGCAGGCUAUACUAUCUCGGCGGAUGAUGAGUUAAUGACUACGAAGUUACGACCAAUGGCGCGGAACGUUAUUACUCAGUUUGACGGCCUUUUACUAAGUAUGCACCAGCGCGCCGAAAGAGGUCGUCCUGGUGGUCGCCGUCGUGUGAGGGCGGAUAGCGAGAUAAGUUACGGCCACGGUACUUCAGGAAAAUCAUCCCGCAAGGGGUCAAAAGUGAAAAGCAAGGCUAUUGACCGAACUGGAUCAGGCAGUGGGAAUUCCGACUCUGAUAAUGAUAUAAAUACUGAAUCUGCCUCCGAAUUCCCCGGCGGGAAUAGCAAAAGGACGGGAUCUACGUCCACAAAAGGCAAGGGAAGAACCAGGUCCAAGGCAGGAAGCUCCUUUCGAAACGCGUCUUCAGAAACCCAAAAUCGAUAUGUAACUCACUCACCCUCGAGGAAGAGAAUGGCCAAUAGGACUUGGGAGUCUGUCAUGCUUGUGGCCUCCUUACAAGGCUGGCCUGAGGAGGUCCUCGACAAAACGAACCAGAGACUACAGGAAAUAUUCGGCAAGAGUGCCCCUCUCGCAUCCCGGAGCAGAGAUGUGCGGCUAGGUCCUUGGGACGAUAGCUUGGUUUGUCCAGUACCAGAAUGCCCACGCCAUAUGGAGCCAUUUUCUGAAGAACCCGAUCUGGACCGGCAUAUGCAGCUGAUUCAUGGUGGGAUAAAUUCACCGUACCCUUUCAGCUUGCCUGCGUCGCGUUCUCAAUCACAGUCGCGCUCCAGAGCACAUGGCACGCUUUCCGGUGCCGAAGACGAGGAAAAUUCUCGUGAAUGGCGGCGCGGCACAAAGGGAGACUAUGUAAAUGAGAACUUGGUUUGUCCAAUUACAGAUUGUCGACGACACAAACAGCCGUUCUCACGAUUAUGGAACCUAAAAGAGCACAUGAGACUUCGCCAUCCAGGUGUCGAUCUACCAGAAUCUAUUCAGCCGCAGAGUAAAAAGAGAUCCCAGUCACGGCCAAGAGCUCACAAUAGGCACGGAUCAACGUCAUCUCGCAAAUUCAAGUCUGAGGAUGUGGUCGUGACUACCGAUGAAGAUCGAGAGAGCGGGCGUGAAGAGACCCGUGAUAGCGAGAGGUUUUACUGUCCGAUAAAAAGCUGCAAGCGUACCAUAGACGGGUUCUCACGGAAUUGGAAUCUUCAGAAACAUAUACGGUCGAUGCACCCAUCGUGGAAGGCGAACAAUGUUGGAUAG